ACGACAGCCUGGGUUUCUGCUCUGCCAAACGUCCACAUCGGCUCUGGGUUAUCGAGCCGCGGUCAUUGCACAUCCACAACUCGCAACAUCGUCAUGGCACCGAAGCGACCAUCGUCUGCCUUGGUCGAGGCGAAAAAGCCUGCAGCUGCAACAAAGCCCAGAUCCAAGGCCCCUGCGCCCCCUCCGAAGGAGUACACCUUUGACGUCGCCGAGGAUGACAGCCACGAUGAAGACGAAGACGAGGGCGAAGAUGCUGAAGAAGACGACCAGGAGUACGAUGAGAUUCCCGAGAUCAAUGAGGACGACGACGACGACGACGACAAUGAUGAAGAUGACGACGACGAGGAGGAUGAGGAUUAUGAGGGCGCUGAUGACGAUGACGAUGCUGAGGACGAUGUCGAGGAUGGCGAUGAGGACGAGGAUGAUGACGAUGAGCUCCAGAGCAGCGAUGACGAUGGUGAUGACGAUGAAAGCGGCACGCUCGUGGGCUCAGUUCGCAGCCGCGAUUCAGCCAAACCAAGGCGUCCCGAAAUCGAUCCAGUGUACAACUCUGAUACAUCAGACGAGGAAACCGAGAACACCAUCGGAAACGUGCCCAUCGAGUGGUACGAGGACUAUGACCACAUCGGCUACGACAUCCAUGGUCAGAAAAUUGCCCGUCCCCAGCAAGGCGACGAGCUUGAUUCAUUCUUGGCCAAGAUGGACGACCCGAAUCUCUGGCGGUCGGUAUACGACAAAGUACAGCAGAAGAACAUUGUUCUGUCGUCCAAGGAGCUCGAAAUGAUCAAGCGAAUCCAGAACCGAACGUUUGCCGAUAGUGAAUACGACCCUUACGAGCCAACUGUCGAGUGGUUCACCUCCAAAACCGAAAUCCACCCGCUCUCCAGCGCGCCUGAACCCAAGCGGCGUUUCAUUCCCUCCAAGUGGGAGGCCAAGCGGAUCAUGAAAAUCGUCCGCGCCAUUAGAGAGGGUCGUGUUGUGGUCAAGAAGCCCGAAGUUGUGGAGCCCGCCUUCUUUGAUAUCUGGGCCGACAAUGCCGAGCCCUCUACGCCGCACCCCAUGCACAUUCCGGCCCCGAAAGUCGCGCCACCACACCACAUGGAGUCAUAUAACCCUCCAGCCGAGUAUAUCCCGACCCCCGAGGAAGUCAAGCAGUGGGAAGCACUCGACCGUGAAGACCGUCCGCAAAACUUUAUCCCAAAGAAGCACUCGAGUCUGCGCCAAGUCGCAGGAUACCAGCGAUUCAUUCAGGAGCGCUUUGAGCGCUGUUUGGACCUCUACCUCUGCCCUCGUAUGAUCAAGCAUAAGAUCAAUAUCGAUCCCGAGUCGCUUAUCCCCAAGCUCCCCAGUCCAAAGGACCUGCGACCCUUCCCCUCCUCGCUUGCUGUCGUCUACCGUGGUCACACAGACCGUGUCCGGAACUUUUCCUUCGAUCCCACCGGCCAGUGGAUCAUUUCGGGUUCGGAUGACCAGACCGCCAAGAUUUGGGAAGUCUCGACUGGUCGGUGCAUCAAAACAUUCAAAUUUGAAGGCUCGGUCUCGUGGGUUUCGUGGAACCCCAACCCGUCUGUCUCCAUCGUUGCAUUGGUUGAACGCAACAAUGUCCAUGUUUUCAAUCCCGACAUCACUGGCGCCGAGAUCCGAGACGCAACCAACCGGCUGCUUGCUCAGGGUUGGGAGAAACACGAUGACUCCAAUCAAAAGCAAAGCGACUGGAUCAAGGUGUCUCGGGGAUUGGAAAGUGGAUACAUCAAAAUCCAGCUCCAGAAGUACGCCACAAGCGUCGUCUGGCACCGCAGAGGCGACUACUUUUCUACGGUCUGCCCCGAUGCUGCCCACACUGCUGUCUUGGUGCACCAGCUCUCGACGCACCAAACGCAGAGCCCCUUUAAGAAGUCCAAGGGACUUGUCCAGCGUGUGCUGUUCCACCCGAGCAAGCCUGUUCUCUUUGUCGCGACCCAGCGAAACGUGCGAGUUUACGAUCUGGUCAAGCAGGAGCUCUUCAAGAAGCUCCAGGCUGGCGUCAAAUGGAUCUCCAGCAUGGACGUUCAUCCUUCUGGCGAUCAUGUGCUUAUCGGCAGCUACGACAAACGGCUGUGCUGGUUCGAUAUGGAUCUGUCUGCCAAGCCUUACAAGACCUUGAGAUAUCACAAGUUUGCCCUCCGUCACGUCACCUACCACAAGCGCUAUCCGCUCUUUGCAUCGUGUAGUGACGAUGGCACCGUCAACGUCUUCCACGGCACUGUUUACAGCGAUUUGAUGAUGAACCCGCUGAUUGUGCCCCUGAAGACGCUCAAAGCGCACGACAUCACCCAGAAUCUCGGUGUGCUGCACUGUGAGUUCCACCCAUCGCAGCCCUGGAUCCUGUCGUCGGGUGCCGAUCACACCCUAAAGUUGUUUUCCUAGUUGCCGAGAGCCGGUUCAUAGGCCAGGAUUUGCAGUCGAGUCCAGGCCAGCUCGCCGCCCCAGCCAAACAGAUGCAAUAUAUUCAAUGGAUCACUCGCA